AUGAAGUCUCAACAAUAUAGAACAGUUAUUCCUACAAGCAAUAUGCAAAGUACUCCUUCAGUUGGACAUAGUGGUAUGUUUCCGGCAUCCAAUCCAUUACCUGGAGUAAUGGUAUAUCCAAAUUCUAACAAUAUGCAGCAUUUACCUCCAAUAAGUCCUAUUCCGCGGUCUAUGUCCAUGAGUAACUUCAACAGGGUACCAGUAGGUCAAAUGAAUAUACCUCUAGAAGGUGUGGGAUAUAUUGGACCUCAGACAAUACCAGCUAAUAUCAAGCUAUCUCCUCCAUUAUCACCACAAACACCUAAUAAUAUAGGUAUAAACAAUAAAAUUCUAAGCUCAUGUAUGCCAUGGAUUAAUUCUUGUAGUAAUCCUACCAUUGUUUCUCCACCUAAAAUAUCAAAUCCAUUAUUUCCAGAUCAAUUAACCCAACCAGAUUCAUCAGCUCAUAAACAACUUCAAGCUCAUGGAGUAUCACCUGUAACCCAUAACCUAGGUUUUUUUUGUUGUGGACAGACAGAGACAAAUAAGUCAAUGACUCCUGAAUUUCCAGGUUCACAAGAAUCAAACUAUAGUUUCACGGCAGCUAAUGCAAAGAACUCAUAUAUUGUAACUGAUAAAGAAAAAACGAAAAUAUCGACUUUAUCAGAUAUAGAAAAUGAAAAUAGAGAGCUAAGAGAGCAUUUAUUCAAGCUUGGAGAGGCAGUCCAUGAGUAUGUAACAAAUAAAAGUGAUUCUUCAAAUGAAUCGCAACUUAUUGCUGUACUAUCGCGUCAAUUGAGUUCUGUCCAGCAAAAAUUGUCCGGAAAUAGUACUAUUAUGGGGAAUAUAUGUAAAGAUAUAAAAUAUACUAGUAACAAUGAAUUUUUAAACAAUAUUAUACAAUCAGUAAAUAAUGCUGUGUAUAAAGCGAAGGUAGUAUUACAAAUAAUUCCUAAUGAUGGCGUAAUUUAUAGCUCAUUAAAUGAUGUUGUGAGAAUAUUAUUCUCUUUAGAAGCUGAUAUGCAGAAAUUAGAUGAGGCUUUCAAAGAAAAAGUUACAGAAGGGGAAUCUAAUAAAAAUAUCAUUUCAAUGAUUGAGCAAGACAAUAAACAUCUUACUAAUCGCUUAAAAGAGUCUAAUGAGCAAGUGAAAUUAUUAAGAGAAAGAGUUAUUACACUUACUUCAACUAUAGAAGAAAAUAAUACCACUAAAUUUUUAACAAGUUCACCAAUAUAUCAAAAACUUGAAUCUGAGAAGGUAAAAUUAGAAAAGAAGGUUGCUGAUCUAGAAACUAAAUCUGAUGAUCUAAGAAAAUUAUUAAAUAUAGCAGAGAAAAAACUACAUGAUAUUAGCCAUAAACAAUCUGUAGAUGCGUUGUGGCCUCGAGGUGAAUCUAUAAGAGGAGGUAGUAAUGAAGAUCUUGUAGAAAUGCUGAAAAAAAUUGAUCCCGAAAGCAAAACACUACAGUCUAUCGCAGAAAAUCUAAUACAAAAGACGCAUAAUACACAGACCAAUUCAUUUAGCCUUAAGGAAAAAUUAGAAAAUUUGCAUUCAGAAGAUGGUGAUAUUAAUCAUUUAGUUCAUAAUGAUAAAAUAGGUGAUAUACAAAGAGAUACUAUAAGAAUGCAAUUGGAACAAUUUAAGCGACUGCAUUAUUUAAAUGAAAACAUAGGCAAGAAUAUUUAG